CUUCAAUAGGAACAAUGAUCGUGCGAUAAGAAUAUGGUCUUCCAAGUCCGGAGGGAGCUCCAGGAUCCUUUCAUCCGGUGCUCGUGGGGUGGGAUUGCAGGGGGCGCGGUGGCGCCUGCGAGGGACGGGUAUUUUUAUUCAUCUUUCCCGGUGAUGGAUUUGAACCGAAAACUUCAGGGGGAGGGAGGGGGAUUUGCGGUGGACGUGCAAAGAUUUUGGAGAUUGUGGGGUUCCUGUCUACUCCACUUUCUGCCUAUAAAACGGCAGGGAGCAUGCCGUUACCCAGUUAUCUCGUGAGGAAGUUUGUUCGCUACAGGUGUCACGGACUUAAACCAUCGCAUUGACGCUCCAAUGGCUGGAGUACGACUAGGGUUUAACUUCGGUGUUUUAUUAUUGUUGCAGCUGCCAUUAUCGGUUACAAGUGUGACAGCGGCUAAAGUUGAAAUUAUUUCCAGUGCCCAAGACAUAGAGGUGGGAGUGAGACACCUGCUUCUCUGCAAAGCUGGUGCCGAUGGGAGGAUGACGUGGCAUAAGGACGGGGAGGAUGUAGACAAGGACCAGGUAGUGGUGGAAAACGUCGACGAGACUUCGUCGAAACUGAUCAUCGAGACAGCCAGGAUCGAAGAUUCCGGGCUUUACUCCUGUAACGUCGAAUUUGAUAGCGGUGCCGGGAAAGCCACUUACCAGCUCUUUGUCUACCAGAGGCCAAAGUUCGUCGCCACGCCGACGUACCACGAGUUCCUGGAGGGCCAGGACGCGGUGCUGCCCUGCGCCGCCGAGGGGCUGCCAGCCGUGGACGUGAAGUGGCGCAGAGCGCCUGAGGAGCGAAUCAGCGUGCUGCCGGACAACAGCCUGAAGAUCGCCAAAAUCGAGCGCAAGCAUCGCGGCACCUACAUCUGCGAAGCCUCCAUCCACAACCGGCCUGUUUCCGAGCAGCUCCCCAUUUCGGUCGUGGUCAACGCACCCCCGACUGCUGAAAUCCACGAGAAGAAGAAAAAUGUCCUGGCAGGACCCAGAACCAACGUGUCCAUAUCCUGCCUGGUCAAUGGAUUUCCCACCCCAAAUAUCUCCUGGACCAGCCCCCCGCUGUCGGACGCCACCCGCUACCGGUUCAAUUCGGACAGGAGCGAGCUGAUCAUUCCCUCGGUGGUCCGGAGUGACUUCGGCGAGUACACGUGCGUCGCCACCAACAAGAUCGGGGAGGCCCGGGCCAGCUUCACGCUCGACGUUACGGUGCCUAAAGUUGAAAUUAUUUCCAGUGCCCAAGACAUAGAGGUGGGAGUGAGACACCUGCUUCUCUGCAAAGCUGGUGCCAAUGGGAGGAUGACGUGGCAUAAGGACGGGGAGGAUGUAGACGAGGACCAGGUAGUGGUGGAAAACGUCGACGAGACUUCGUCGAAACUGAUCAUCGAGAAAGCCAGGAUCGAAGAUUCCGGGCUUUACUCCUGUCACGUCGAAUUUGAUAGCGGUGACGGGAAAGCCACUUACCAGCUCUUUGUCUACCAGAGGCCAAAGUUCGUCUCCACGCCGACGUACCACGAGUUCCUGGAGGGCCAGGACGCGGUGCUGCCCUGCGCCGCCGAGGGGCUGCCAGCCGUGGACGUGAAGUGGCGCAGAGCGCCUGAGGAGCGAAUCAGCGUGCUGCCGGACAACAGCCUGACGAUCGCCAAAAUCGAGCGCAAGCAUCGCGGCACCUACGUCUGCGAAGCCUCCAUCCGCGACCGGCCUGUUUCCGAGCAGCUCCCCAUUUCUGUCGUGGUCAACGCACCCCCGACUGCUGAAAUGCACGAGAAGAAGGAAAAUGUCCUGGCAGGACCCAGAACCAACGUGUCCAUAUCCUGCCUGGUCAAUGGAUUUCCCACCCCAAAUAUCUCCUGGACCAGCCCCCCGCUGUCGGACGCCACCCGCUACCGGUUCAAUUCGGACAGGAGCGAGCUGAUCAUUCCCUCGGUGGUCCGGAGUGACUUCGGCGAGUACACGUGCGUCGCCACCAACAAGAUCGGGGAGGCCCGGGCCAGCUUCACGCUCGACGUUACGGUGCCUAAAGUUGAAAUUAUUUCCAGUGCCCAAGACAUAGAGGUGGGAGUGAGACACCUGCUUCUCUGCAAAGCUGGUGCCAAUGGGAGGAUGACGUGGCAUAAGGACGGGGAGGAUGUAGACGAGGACCAGGUAGUGGUGGAAAACGUCGACGAGUCUUCGUCGAAACUGAUCAUCGAGAAAGCCAGGAUCGAAGAUUCCGGGCUUUACUCCUGUCACGUCGAAUUUGAUAGCGGUGACGGGAAAGCCACUUACCAGCUCUUUGUCUACCAGAGGCCAAAGUUCGUCUCCACGCCGACGUACCACGAGUUCCUGGAGGGCCAGGACGCGGUGCUGCCCUGCGCCGCCGAGGGGCUGCCAGCCGUGGACGUGAAGUGGCGCAGAGCGCCUGAGGAGCGAAUCAGCGUGCUGCCGGACAACAGCCUGAUGAUCGCCAAAAUCGAGCGCAAGCAUCGCGGCACCUACGUCUGCGAAGCCUCCAUCCGCGACCGGCCUGUUUCCGAGCAGCUCCCCAUUUCGGUCGUGGUCAACGCACCCCCGACUGCUGAAAUCCACGAGAAGAAGAAAAAUGUCCUGGCAGGACCCAGAACCAACGUGUCCAUAUCCUGCCUGGUCAAUGGAUUUCCCACCCCAAAUAUCUCCUGGACCAGCCCCCCGCUGUCGGACGCCACCCGCUACCGGUACAAUUCGGACAGGAGCGAGCUGAUCAUUCCCUUGGUGGUCCGGAGUGACUUCGGCCAGUACACGUGCGUCACCGCCAACAAGAUCGGGGAGGCCCGGGCCAGCUUCACGCUCGACGUCACGGUGCCUAAAGUUGAAAUUAUUUCCAGUGCCCAAGACAUAGAGGUGGGAGUGAGACACCUGCUUCUCUGCAAAGCUGGUGCCAAUGGGAGGAUGACGUGGCAUAAGGACGGGGAGGAUGUAGACGAGGACCAGGUAGUGGUGGAAAACGUCGACGAGACUUCGUCGAAACUGAUCAUCGAGAAAGCCAGGAUCGAAGAUUCCGGGCUUUACUCCUGUAACGUCGAAUUUGAUAGCGGUGACGGGAAAGCCACUUACCAGCUCUUUGUCUACCAGAGGCCAAAGUUCGUCUCCACGCCGACGUACCACGAGUUCCUGGAGGGCCAGGACGCGGUGCUGCCCUGCGCCGCUGAGGGGCUGCCAGCCGUGGACGUGAAGUGGCGCAGAGCGCCUGAGGGUAGGGGUCUGGACAUCGCGGCGGCCGCGUCUGCCGUCCUGUGUGAGCGAAUCAGCGUGCUGCCGGACAACAGCCUGAAGAUCGCCAAAAUCGAGCGCAAGCAUCGCGGCACCUACGUCUGCGAAGCCUCCAUCCGCGACCGGCCUGUUUCCGAGCAGCUCCCCAUUUCGGUCGUGGUCAACGCACCCCCGACUGCUGAAAUCCACGAGAAGAAGAAAAAUGUCCUGGCAGGACCCAGAACCAACGUGUCCAUAUCCUGCCUGGUCAAUGGAUUUCCCACCCCAAAUAUCUCCUGGACCAGCCCCCCGCUGUCGGACGCCACCCGCUACCGGUACAAUUCGGACAGGAGCGAGCUGAUCAUUCCCUCGGUGGUCCGGAGUGACUUCGGCCAGUACACGUGCGUCACCGCCAACAAGAUCGGGGAGGCCCGGGCCAGCUUCACGCUCGACGUCACGGUGCAUCCGGCAGUGUCCCUGAGCAAGGCUUCCCUGGAGGUGGAGCCCGGGAGGACUGCCUCCGCGACGUGCGAAGCCUCCGGACACCCCCCUCCCAGAGUUCACUGGGUUCGGAAAGGCACCAACGUGGAACUGACCCCCAGCAGCGCCCGAGCGAAGGCCAAGGGCCCCACACUGGAGUUUGAGGCAGUCCAGCCCGCAGACGGUGGCCUGUACACCUGCGUGGGCCUCAGCGAUGUUGGGAACGACACCGUGGACUUCAGCCUGGAGACCUGGCCGGGAGCUCCGUCCCAAAUUGGGGUGAGCCCCGGGCCCGCCUCGGCUCGCCUCUCCCUGGACGCCCCCCCAGUCAACGGGGGGACCCCCAUCACCCAGUACGUCCUGGAGUGGAGGAAGGAGAACGAGGGAAACCGGAGCCGGAGAGUGGUCCAGUCCGCCGAACCCCUGGUCCUGCCCGCCCUGGAGCCCUACACCUCCUACCUGGUCCGCCUCGCCGCCACAAACCGCCUGGGACAGGGGGCGUUCUCCAGCGAGCACGCCGUCCGAACCCUGGCCAAGCAAGGGGAGCCAGACAGCCCCGUACUGAUGGACAGCGAGGUCCAGGUGGAGAAGAACUCGGUCUCCGUUCCCAUCAUGCAGCAGGACAACGGCAGCGAGCCCGUCAUCCACUACGUCGUACGCUACAGGCCCGACAUGGAAGACGAGGCGUGGAAGGAGAUAGAGCUCCCGGCCAACGCCACGGCGAUCAAUCUGGCAGGACUGCAGUACAACACCACCUACCACCUGGAGGUCCGGGCCAUCAACCCCAUGGGGUCCUCCCGCUCCGCCCACUUCAGCUUUUGGGUGCCUCAGGCCAGCGCUGUCCCAAAGACCGCAAUGGGCAAAGGAGCGGUGAUAGGCAUCGUCAUUUUGAUCUUCCUGCUGUUGCUGGUUGCCGUGGACGCGACCUGUUGCUAUGUCAACCGCUGCGGCCUGCUGAUGUAUCUGGCGGUUAAGCUGCUGGGCGAAAAAGCGCCAGGGCUCAAGUCUGUAGAGGAAGGAGACGGGGACAACAUUGUAGACGUGAAGUUGAAUGGGUUAAGAGCUCAGAGAGGGAGCAUCCCAAAACAGCAGCAGCAGCAGCAGAAUGGGGCACAGAAUGGGGUGCAGAUGGAGGUCACGUGCGACAAAGCGCCCCUCACCAAAUUCGAGAAAGCCUCGCCAGCUUCUGACCCAGCCACGGAGGACAGGAAGUGACAUCACCAGAUCACGACGCCCCCAAAAACACUGGUCCGGUAGGAAGAAGAGGCUGACCACAUCCGGGAUUUAAGGGGGGGGGGGGGGGGGAAGGCGACGUUCUAUUUUGCGAUUACAGGGAGCGAUUGCGGUGCACAUCGGGGAGAGUGAACCGCGCCUCUCUGUGUAAAAGCAGAGUGGGGGGAGGACGGAGAGGAGAAACGGGACUGGCUGGUGUCACAGACAGUUGGCACUUGGUUGAUGUGCACCCGUUAAAGAUCGACAACGAAUGAUUUAGGGGUGAAUGAGGUGUAGCACCACCUCUUUGGACGAGCAGGGUUGACAUGGCACCUUGUAAUGCGUGUGUGUGUGUGUGUGUAAAUACUGAUAGUUUUUGGUAGAGUUAAUACAGUAUGUGUCACUAUCCGUAAUUUAAAAACAUAAGAUACUCAUUUGGUUUUGCUUUUAAGUAAGAUAUCCAGUCGAUCCUCCGUAUAAAAAGCUAUUUAGGCAGCUAAAUGUUGUCCUUCAGCAAUAGACUGAAACAUUCAUCAGCAUUCUUGUAUUUUACCAAAGUAUUUUUGCAUUAUAUAUUUUUUUCAGUAUUUCUACAUCAAAAUACAACAUUCACAAUCCAGUGUCUUGGUCAUGAGGAAAAUGUGUACAGAUGAGAAUGUGAGGCUGUGGAUUUUUUAAAUUUUAUUUUAUUUUUUGUUUGUUCUGUAUAUUUUGUGUAUAUACACACUAUUUACGAAUUCAAAUUUUGUUGUACAAAAUUAAUGGAAAUAAAUGGAAGUUUGGAACUACAGUGAAUUUUAAA